GCGGGAGCAGCCCGGUGGCGGGAGAAGCCGUUACGGGAACCGGAGGUGCGGAUUAAGGCUGAUCAAGAUGACAACCUCCCAAAAGCACCGAGACUUCGUGGCAGAACCCAUGGGGGGAAAGCCAGUGGGAAGCCUGGCCGGGAUUGGCGAAGUCCUGGGCAAGAAGCUGGAAGAAAGGGGCUUUGACAAGGCCUAUGUGGUCCUUGUUCAGUUUCUGGUGCUGAAGAAAGAUGAAGAUCUCUUCCGGGAAUGGCUGAAGGACACGUGCGGCGCCAACGCCAAGCAGUCCCGGGACUGCUUCGGGUGCCUUCGAGAGUGGUGCGAUGCCUUCUUGUGACGCUCUCUGGGGGGCACCCA